ACAAUUACCAAUCAAUUUGGGACUGGAUAUAAAUGGAGUAAAAUUUUUUAGCGGCACAACCCGGGCCAAAGUGGGUCGAACCCACGCACCAUUGGAUCUGUAAAUCCACAAGUUCAAUCUGCUUCCUGAACCAGCCCGUUUUUCCGAUUCCUUCCCUCCCGGGGGUAAUCCAAUUAACGAUUUUCUCUCUCAAACCGUUUCUCUCUCUAUCAUAUCACUCUCUCCCUCCCGGAUUCGACCCCCAAGAUUCCGUUACUUUGUUUCAGGUAAAGUAAGCUAACCAACUGCAAUGGCCAUGAGGAUUGCUGCAAGAUAUGUACCUCGUAGGCUCUCAAGCAGUGGUAAAAUUCUCAGUGAGGAGGAAAAGGCUGCAGAAAAUGUCUACAUUAAGAAAAUUGAGCAAGAGAAGUUGGAGAAGCUUGCCCACAAGGGAGCUAAGCCAGAGGGAAAACCUCCAACUAGCUCGGAGGGUACUGCAUCUGAUGUGAAGCCAAGUGCUCCGGCGGCCUCGACGACAUCCGGAGUAUCAACUGACGAGUUCAGAAACUAUGCAGUUGUAGCAGGAGUGGUUACCGGCCUCAGUGCUUUGGGAUGGUGGUACUUCGGAUCCAAGGACAAGAAGACGGAAGAAGUGCAUGACUGAUGUUCAUCUUCUUUGUUUUUGAACGGCACCAGCAUUCAUCUUCUUUGAUAUCCCCAUUGAAGAAAGAAAAUGGCUGGCUUAUGAACUUUUUGCUUCCUUAUGGUAGCCUUCAGAAGAUACUAACAGAUACUACUUGUGUAGCGCGCACUCAUGGAAUUUCUUCUCCUUCAGUUGCGGCCUUUUACCUUCAAGUGCGAGUCCGUUUCUGUCUUGCUUUUACUUGUUGCGAUAGCGAGAAUUUUCAGCAGUUAAUUGUCAAACCAUGGUUAUUUGAAGGGUAUUAAUUUUCACACUUUUUUGAUAAA